AUGGACGAUUAUCUGUUUACGGCAAAUGUCGAUCGCUGUAAAAAUGUGCAGGAGGCGACGACGUAUCUUGAGAUCUUCUCAUAUUCGGAUUCGCAAUAUAAUUCUGUUGAGGAGCAUCCAUUGACAGCGGACGAGUUCGAUAAUUAUCUGCAUCGAAGGGGAGCUUUCGCCCCUCCAACGCUACCGCAAGGAGUCACCCAAAUAGCGGGCUUACGAUUGAUCCUCCAGAAAAAUGCAAAGAAUCCGGACACGUUUGCCCCACAUGUUAUCAGUCUCAAAGCCAAUGAAUAUAAAUCUAUGGUUGAGGCUCUAGAUCUUCCGUAUCGAGCUAUUGAAAGCACAAGCGCCGUAGGGCCAUUCUUCUGGGCUGCCUGGGACCAAGAUGAACAAAACCCCCACCUACAAAUCAUCUUCCGCAAAAGCGAUGUUCGGAAAAAAGGGCUCACUCGAGGCUGGGAGCUGCUGCUCUCGCACGAUAUCAAUAACGCCAUCACAACCGGCUUCUGCAAAGGAACUGCUAGUUCCGAUAUCGUAGAAUGCAUCAAGCACUUAAAGGCCUGCGGGCUACAGAUUGGCCACCCAAUGCUUCUCCCUACCAUUAUCUUCAGCCACGACGUUUCCUUCAAGACGGACAUCAAGCAGCGAGAUGCACGUGACUGGCUUCGACGACUCGAGCACGCCGUGAGUAUGCGCAGUGAGAUAGAGGAGAAAGAAGGAUGCCGUGAAUCGAGAUUUAGUAGAGUGCCAUUCGCAGGUUUUAUGGAAGAGGCCGAUAGCGUACCUGCAGAUCCUGGAGGGGAUCGAAAAAGCGAUGGAGCGGUUUUGGGAGAAGCUACCGGAGGAGUGAAGUUACAAGGCCUUGACAGUUAUGCCUUCACAACGCUGCAGCGCCUAGACAUUCAAAGGAGUGCUCUAUACAACAUCAUCGCCCAAAAAGAAUCCAAACUCAACUUCAAGAUGGCCGGCGAACAGCGCAAACUUGCUCACGCCAGCAAACGCGAUUCAGCGGCAAUGAAAACUAUCUCCCUCCUCGGCGCCAUCUUCCUCCCUGGCGCCUACCUCGCCUCCGUCUUCAGCAUGACAUUCUUCAAUUUCCAGAGCGACGCGGAUCCUGUCCUCAGCGGGCAGUUCUGGAUUUACUGGGCCUUCACCAUUCCUAUUACUAUUAUGAUUGUCGCUGGCUGGUUCUUUUGGGAGCGGAGGACCGAGUUGAAGUAUGAGCGCCAGGAUCGAGAUUUGGAGAGGGGGAGUGAGGCAAUGGAGAAGGUUAUUAUGGCGGCGAUGAGGAGGAGGACGAUGAGUAAGGCGAGCACGUGGGAUACGAAGAAGAGUGAGUGA